AUGCCUGGAGACAGAGUGGACGAGAUUUGUCAAAAGGCACUAGAACUCUUGUCAGAUCUCUGCACUAAGGGAGAAGUACAAAAUGAAAAUUGUUUGGAUUUCGUAUACUAUUUCCGGGACUUGGCCCGACCGAGGUACUCGGAUUCAGAUGUGUCUGUGAGCCUGCUCUCCCUAGUGGUGACGGCCUGUGGCUUGGCCCUGUUUGGCGUCUCCCUCUUCGUCUCCUGGAAGCUCUGCUGGAUACCAUGGCGGGAGCGCGGCCUGACCUCCCCGGUCAUCAAGGAGAGCCACCCGGAGCCUCCGCUCCAGCCGCAGUCUAUCUACACCGAGGUGGACGCCGCGCUCGACAGGCGGGAGUGCGCACGCGGCUCGGUAGUGAAGGUGACCACGCCGACACCAUCGCUGCCGCCUGCCGCUGCGCCGUCUGUGCCCUCGUCUCCGCCCCCCGUCACCACGCCCACAGCCACGGCGGAGGCGGCCAUGAAGAUCAGCCACACCUCGCCUGACAUCCCGCUGGAGGUGCAAUGCAAGAGCCGGCAGAACUCCAUCCACGGGGGCACCCUGCGCAUGCAGAGGCAGAUCACCGACCCCAACUCCGCCUCGGUGCGCUCCGCCGCCUCACACAGCGAGAUCGGGACUAAUUCGAUUCGGCGUCAGAUGAACCUGUCCAACCCGGACUUCAACGUGGCUCAGUUCCAGCGUCAGGAGUCCCUGACCGGCAUGAGCCUGGGCCGCCUGAAGCCCGAGCUCUACAAACAGCGCUCCCUAGAGGGCGACGAGGGUCGCAGCAGCAGAGGCGGUGGCUGCGGACGCCUGAUCUUCAUCCUCAAGUUCGACUGCGACCUCGAGCAGCUCAUCGUCAAGAUCCACCGCGCGGAGGACCUGCCGGCCAAGGACUUCUCGGGCACGUCCGACCCCUACGUGAAGAUCUACCUGUUGCCCGAACGCAAGACCAAGCACCAGACCAAGGUGCACCGCAAGACUCUGAACCCCAUUUUCGACGAGGUCUUCCUGUUCCCCGUGGCCUACGCGGAGCUGCCCACGCGGAAGCUGCACUUCAGCGUCUACGACUUUGACCGCUUCUCCCGACACGACAUCAUUGGUCAGGUGGUGGUGGACAAUUUCCUGGAUCUGGCCGACUUUCCCCGGGAGACCAAGCUCUGCAGAGAGAUACAGUAUGUCUCCUCGGACAAUGUGGAUUUAGGAGACCUGAUGUUCUCCCUCUGCUACCUACCCACUGCGGGACGCCUGACCAUCACAAUUAUUAAGGCUCGUAACCUUAAAGCCAUGGACAUUACUGGCGCAUCUGACCCUUAUGUGAAGGUGUCCCUAAUGUGUGACGGGAAGAGGCUGAAGAAGAGGAAAACGUCCACCAAGCGAAACACGCUGAACCCCAACUACAACGAGGCCAUCGUCUUCGACGUCCCUCCCGAGAGUAUCGAUCAGAUCAGCCUCCUGAUUGCAGUAAUGGACUAUGACCGUGUAGGUCACAACGAGGUCAUUGGCGUGUGUCGGGUGGGUAACGAUGCUGAGAGCCUGGGCCGGGACCACUGGAGUGAGAUGCUGACGUACCCCCGUAAACCCAUCGCCCACUGGCACCCUCUGGUCGAGUACCAGGGAAGUGCCAAUAGGAGUCAAGGAGGCUCCUGCAACUCUCUGAAAGCACCUCCCUCCCCCUGAUGUCCUGUCCCGUGCACACAUAGCACCGUGAGCAGACAGACAGCGAACGAGUGAGAGAGAGAUAAACAGAGAGAGAGAGAGAGAGAGAGAGAAAGAGAGAGAGAGAGAGAGAGAGAGAGAGAGGCUGGAAAGAAUGGGACCAAGACGGUGAGAUAAAAAGAUAAAUAAAAGAAGCGAGAAAGAGAGAGAGAGAGAGAGAGAGAGAGAGAGAGAGAGAGAGAGAGAGAGAGAGAGAGAGAGAGAGAGAGAGAGAGGCUGGAAAGAAGGGGACCAAAGUCGACUGGAUGUAACCAGGACCACAGCACACACAGAGAGCUGGGGUAGAAGAGAAGAGUCGAUGCCUAGGCUGUCCCAAGAUGGUGAGAGAGAAAAAGAGAAAAAAAAGAAGCGAGAGAUAGUUGGAGAGAGAGAAAGAGAGUCACCACCAUCGAUAGAUCCUCGAUGGCUCUGGGGCACCACCUUUGCAUGGUCGAUGCAGAUUGCCUAAAAAGUUGCAUGUUAAGUGGCACACAGUGUGGUUGUUUGUUUUCCUCUUGACCAUCAUUUGUGAUGAAAGAUAACCGUACGUACGUAUGUGGCGAGUGCCCGGAGCUGUCGUCGCUAUGGUUUCAUGUCAGCUUCCGUCCAAAACUACAGUCAGUGUUUUCUACCAUAGUCUUGAUACCUGUUUCUAUUGGAGUGUCUCUGUACCACAUGUUGUUCUGACGGUGUCAUCCAGUUGCCAUGGUUUCCCGAGGACACACAGUGCAUGAAUCCAUUUAGGUGGGGUACUCUCUGUUUAACUGUUUUUUUGUUUGGCUAUGAAAUGGAAUGUGAAAGUUUUGUCAUAACAUUUCAUGAUGUUAGGUGAAAGUUAAUUUAUAGACUUUGCAAGUGAAAUUGUCCCAAGAAAAUGAUAUUAAAACACAUUUCUUUUCUUA